AUGCCGCGUUGGUUGGGCACGAAACUGGCGCGCACUGGCCACUGCCCCUGGCCUUUUGCAGGCCAGAACGAAAUCACGCCAACACUGUUGGCCGCACGGGUCGACGACCUGCUCGCGAAGCCAAAGACGGUGCUAGAGAAGGCCAGCAAGGAGAGCCUGAAGCAGCUCUGUGAGGCCUUGCCAUUGCGCGUGAAGCUUCCCUCGGGUGCAACCAACGCGAGCGUCGCAGAGGUGAGGAAGCAUCUCGUAGCCCGGCUCCACGACUCGGCCGCGGAGGCGGCGCGCGUCGAGAGCGAUCGGAUUGCGGCCGAGGCUGCCGCCGCGGAGCCGGCGCACGCCAACGUCAGCAACUACACCGCCACGGAGGGACUGCAGAAGCUCGAGCAGGCGGAGAUGGCGGUGACGGCGCAGAAGGCAAGGCACGGCGGCGACGAGGCCGCUGGGGCAAAGGCGCUUUACCAGCAGUCCAAGCUCAAGGUGGACGAGAAGCUUGAACAGUUUAAGGAGAGGGAGCACAUCGAGGUGGCGCCCGUCUACCUCGGCGACAUCCACCGGCCGGAGUACGCCAACCUGAAGCAGACGAUCACGACCGGCAAGAUGCAGCGCAUGAUCGAGAAGGAGUUUUACACCAUGUUGGAGCGCACCUUCAAACACCACCCUCUCAAGGAGUACUUUGAGCCGCGCAGCGACGGCAAGCAGGGCUACCAGCCAAAGACGGUCUCGCAGGGCCUUGCCGGAAACCGGAAGGAGACGAUGUUUGACAUCGACCACGUGGUGCCGGACAACUGGGGCGGCAUCAACCACCCGCGCAUAGGCUGAGGGUAAGGUUUCUGGAGCCUCGGGUGCUUUUACGCUUUUGAUCGGGUCAGGGGAGAGUGCGACUUUUACCACUUUGGUCGUCUCGGAGCGCCCCACUGUGUGCAUUUUUCAAAAAAAUUCUUCGGCGCUGCGCGCCCCGGGUCGUGCAGUAAGUACU